GGGCGUGGCUAUGACGAGGGGGACGGAGUUGAACCCGGAAGUGUGUUGGUGCGGAGUGUUUAGUUGUGAAGGAAACUGCAGACAACAAACAGACAUGUGGUUAUAAUGAAGUUAUUAAGUUCUAAGAUGGCAGGAACGACAGUGAAGUGGUUUUGGCUGUGGAACGCUGCGGCCUGCUGCUGUCUGGCUGACGACGUCAGCUACGUCAGCGGUUUCUACUCCAACACGCCUCAGAGACUGUCGAAGUACAGCUGGUUCGGGAACGCACGCCUGUUCCGGUUCCGGGUUCCGGAGGAGGCGGAGCUCGUGCGCUGGUCCCUGACGGUCCUGCGUGGCUCUGGGUUCAGCUGCGGAGACCAGAACGUCACAGUACACUUUAGAGCCGGAGCGCCGCCCGUCAUCAACCCCAUUAACACGGCGUUCCCGAACUCCACGGCGUUCUCCCAGGCCUUUAACCUGACCCUCAGCGUGAGGAACGGCCAGGCCUUCAGCGUCACGCUCUUCAACCUCACGCAGCCUGAAGCCGGAGACUGGUUCAUCGCCGCUCAUCUACCCAAAGACGAUGGCAGGAUAGAACAACAGGGCCUGCCAUCAUGUUCAUAUUUGCUGCAGCCGCAGAUGUACGUGAGGAGAGCCGUGGACACGCCGAUCCUGCAAACCGACAUUCCACUUACUCGAACACUCACUCAGCAGCAUGCUCCGUUCAGGGUUUUCGUUCCUGAGUUCUCCUCUAAGCUGGACAUCUUCAUCCACUCGUGCUCUGUCCAGAGCAUUCCUGUGACUGACUGCUCGCUGUCCAUCACUUUAGGCUCCGCCUCUUUGGGUCAGAGCUCAGUGAGUACAGUGAACUGCUCGGGGAAUGAGACAUGCUCUGCUUCUCUGUCCAGUCCACCCUGGAACACCUGGGUGAGGGUUUCAGUGGGAACCAGCCAAGUCAACACCACCAUGACCUUCACCAUCUCAGCAAACUACACAGCAGGAUGUUUGCCCUCGAGUGUUCCCUUAGAUGUGAACAUCUCGUUCCCCCUGAGCACCUCAUCUCUCCUCUCGUCUCUCCUCUCGUCUCUCCUCUCAUCCUCCCAGAACUCCUCAGGUGGUGUCUCCCAGAACUCCUCAGGUGGUGUCUCCCAGAACUCCUCAGGUGGUGUCUCCCAGAACUCCUCAGGUGGUGUCUCCCAGAACUCCUCAGGUGGUGUGUCCGUGUACUCUGAGGGAUGUGUACAGACCCCUCUGGUGUUACGUGAGGUGCAGGACGUCUUCUCAGUUCAUUUUACUGUCGUUAACGGCAACGUGACCACUCUGUCCCACAUCCCCACCUUCCUGACGCUGGAGCUGGAGUCUGCUGAUACCGGAGGGGUGCUACUGCUUCAGCUCGACCUCAACACGUCCUCUGUGAUUGGUCCAUUUGACAGUGUGAGGGCAUGUCUAACACCUUCUGCUCCAGUUCUUCAACUCAACACAAGCCAGUCAUGUGAUGCAGCUUUCAUGACAGGAUAUCCACUCCGAGUGAACAGUAGUGAGACGAAGGCGGUGUUAAGGGUUCCUUUUCCCAGAGCAGUGACAUGGUACCUCAGUCUCCAAACCAUCUGUAAUAACAGCAUGGUGUGCAGGAACGUCUCGGCCGUGGUGGGCGUGUCUGUGAGCGUGAGUGCGUGUGUAGACGACUGCGGUCCAUACGGAGAAUGCAGGCUGCUGCGCACACAGAGCUACCUGUACGCUGCCUGUGUGUGGUUGGGGUGGAGCUGCUCAGAUGGAUCGAGUGCUCUGUCGUUCUCCCGUCAGUUAGCAGCGGUGCUCCUGCUCACGCUCAGUAACCUGCUCUUCAUCCCUCCCAUCGCUGUAGCGCUUUACCGAGGCUACCACGCUGAGGCCAUCGUCUACCUCUUCACCAUGUUCUUCUCCACCUUUUAUCAUGCGUGUGAUCAGCCCGGUGUGACGGUUCUGUGUAUAAUGGACUACGACACGCUGCAGUUCUGUGAUUUUCUGGGUUCGGUGGUUGCCGUGUGGGUGACGAUCGUCUGCAUGGCUCGACUCAGACAAAUCCUCAAAUACGUCUUCUUCUUGGGUGGGACGCUGGUGAUCGCCAUGACGAUGCAGCUAGACCGCAGAGGUCUGUGGAACCUCCUAGGUCCUGUGCUGUUUGCGUUAGCUAUCAUGCUAACCGCUUGGAUAUACCGCGGUGUGAAACGCCACCACUGUUAUCCUCCCACAUGGAGGCGCUGGGUUUUCUUCCUGAUCCCUGGCAUCGUGUCGGCGCUCAUCGGCCUGUGUGUGUACGCCUUCGCUCAGACCGACGCCAACUACUACUACACACACUCCAUCUGGCACAUCAUGGUGGCCACCAGCGUGGUGUUCCUCCUCCCACCACGCGAGAAGAACACGCCCCCCUGGGGCUGGGCACGCAAACUCUGUGGAUAUAAACUCUGUCUUAACCCGAAGGAGGAGCUUCACAUCGUGUCCUGAACACACACAGGACAAACAUCUCGCAGCUUCCGCCCCUCCUUUAUAUUAUAAUGCAGGCAAUAUAUGUGUGUGUGUGUGUGUGUGUGUGUGUGUGUGUGUGUGUGUGUGUGUGUGUGUGAGAGAGAGACAGUUAUCUUUAUUAUUUGGGGGUUUUGGUUAUUAUUAUAUAUGUGAUUAUGAAGCAAAUGUGAAGGUCUCUGGUAAACUUUGGAUCUUAAACCUAUCCAGCACUUCUUUGCAAUUUUACUGCACGUGUGUGUGUGUGUGUGUGUGUGUGUGUGAGAGAACUUGUAUUGACAGUGGAGGAGUAUUGAGAUGUGUGUGUGUGUGUGUGUGUGUGUGUGUGUGUGUGUGUGUGUGUGUGGAUGUGUGAGGACUUGUAUUGACAGUGGAGGAGUAUUGAGAUGUGUGUGUGUGUGUGUGUGUGUGUGUGUGAGCACUUGUGUUGACAGUGGAGGAGUAUUGAGAUGUGUGUGUGUGUGUGUGGUGUGUGUGUGAGCACUUGUGUUGACAGUGGAGGAGUAUUGAGGUGUGUGUGUGUGUGUGUGUGUGUGUGUGUGUGUGUGUGUGUGUGUGUGUGUGUGUGUGUGAGAGAGAGCACUUGUAUUGACAGUGGAGGAGUAUUCAGAUGUGUGUGUGUGUGUGUGUGUGUGUG